AAGUAGGCCGUAUCAUGACAGAUUGGCGUGAUGAAAAACAGCCUAUUACGAUGAGAAAUUGCAAAAAGUUAUUAAACAUAGCCAUUGCUGGACAAAGGAUAGCCUCACUUGGAUAAAGGAAUAAUAAAGGAAUCGAUAGUCCGAAGGAGGAGUUUACUUUGACCAUUAAGGAGCUAGAAGGCCAAGUGUGCAUUUUUUUAAGAAGAAAAUCACUUCGUGACCUACAAAUCGCCACUGCAGGAACAAGUGCCUACUCUCGCGUGCCACUCUAUUAUCGAUAUUGCUGCACACCAUCAGGUGCAGGGGAGCAAACUUGCCGUCUUUCGGCAAAGUGAUAAUGACUUUGACGAGUGGUGGUUCCACGGAACGACUACCUCCACUAUUUCUGCAUCGUCGACGAUAGAAGAUUCCCAUCCGUAUUUGCGCAAGAAAGAUACAAGUACACAUAGGGAGUGUAGGGAGUUAUAAUUUUCCACCCAUAUCGCCACACCCCUCCACUUCAAGGGGGCGUCAUCGCAGCGGGCCCCGCACGCGAAUGAGUCACGGCAUACUUGGAUUGGGUGGGGGCUUGGUACUUAACAGCAGCAUGAAAACCGGAACUGAUGGUGCUAACCGCCUCGGGCACGGAAAUCACCAGAACGGGAACGGAACGAAGCAUCAAAAUGGAAGUGGAGGGAAUGGCGUCGGAACGAAUCGGGAGGUCGUAGCCCGGUGGAGGGUUCCAAUGCAUGGGAAAAUCUACGAGAUUGAAUUCGAACACGGAACGGCCAGUGGGAAACGGGUGCUGUGGAUUGAUAAGGAGGAGAUUUUCCGACGGGAUUGGAUGUUCAAGCUGGUGGGCGAGGACACGUUCAAGCUGGACGACAAACGAUGCAUCAUUCGGGUCGAUCCCCUGCCAGGAUUCAAAUAUUGCUACUCGCUCUUUGUGGACGGCAAAUCAUAUGAGCAGUUCACGGAAUCACAAGCCAAAGCACUCAAAACGUGGGAAAUUAAUUUGAAGGAUAACUUCUACCGAAUUGUACUUGAAAAGAACACCCUCAACAUCUACGUCAACGGCAAGCUGAUAGAGGAAAGUGGUGAGUUUGUAGAUGGCGGCACCGAAACGACGUUCAUCGAGGACGGCAACCGUUUCGUGCUGAGUGCACGAACCAGUGGAAACAAACGCGAAGGGAUUGUGCAUUCGCUGGAGGUGAACGGUGCAACGGUGGGCGAUUCGGCGUCGUCCAAUUCCGACGAAAACGGUGAUAAUGGGGAUGCUCAGUAGCGGUGGUGCUGGACGUUGUGGGACAAAAAGUGCAAUUAAUGUUGAUAAAGUGGAAUAUGUUACUUACGGUUUGUUACCUUUUGAUGAGUGUCAGAAAAUUAAUAAAUAAGGUUUUAAAUGAUAAGAAUAAAAAUAAACUA